GAUGGCGGCGGCGGCGGCGGAGCGCGGCCGCGAUGGCAGCUGCCACUUCCAGCGCUCCCGGCUCAUCUGGAUGGUCGCCAUCAUCUUCGGCAUGAUCCUCCUCGGCUGGGUAACACUUUGGCCUUCCACUAUACCUUAUAGUUACUUGGGAAUAUUUGGUACCUUUCUUAAUUAUUUAGUGGAGCACCACCACAAAUGGGUAUGCUACGGGUUCUGGAUAUCCUGGUUGAUUCACGUAGUGGAAGCUCUCUACGGUAUUAAGUUAUGCCAAGCUAAAGGAAUCACUGACCCGGCUGUCCAGUUUCAAUGGUUCGUUCAGACCCUUUUAUUUGGAUAUGCUUCCUUUGGUCUCCUGGUGUCUUACAAGCCUGCAGCCAAGAAGCAGUACUAGAAGACAAUGGAAGAAGUCACUUCUCACAUACUUCAUCUCAUUUUUCUGAAAAGACCCCCACAUACAUGUCUAGGUGCUGUAAUUAAUUAGCUAAACUACAUUCCUGCUGCAUGAUGCAGUGCCCUUCUCCCCAAGCAACUCUCCUCUUACUAAGCAACAACUAGAAUUCCCAGGGCCCUGUGGAUAGUUCAGCAGAAAAUCAGCCCUGCAGUCUUGGUACUGCCAAAUUGUAAUCCUAUUUAUUAUGCAAGAAGCUGUAAGUUGCUCCUUUGCAGAUUUUGACAUGUAAACUCUGUCACUGACAGCUGGUAGCAGUGAUUGAUAAAUUACCUUUUCAUGAGGAGAAUUGUUCUUCUACAACAGGGAGGGUUAUUGACAGCCACAAGGCAGCUUGUACCUGUCUUGUAAUAAGAUUUAAAUUUACCUAUGUUUUCUCUAUUGGACUGAUGUUGUUGUUAAAGCCUACUCUUUGUACUUGCUUUGUCUCCUUGUUUUGUUCCACAGAGGACAGACCACUGUACUGCUGCAGGCACAUUGAAAAGACCACGUCUCAGCUCAGGCUGAGGUGCAGUGAGCUUGGAUACAUAAAGCACUUUAACUGGGUUUGAUACAAGUGCCUUAAAAUUCAUGCAGCGUGACCUCAUCUUUUAAUGAAGAUUUUAAGUUACAAGUUACUAUAGUAUAAAGUAGCUUUGAGGGCAGCUUUUUUGUAAAGUAAUUUAUUAUCCAAAGAAAAAAAAAUAUUGCUCAAAAAUCUAGCUGAAAAGUUGAUAUUUGGGAAUGAAAUUAGACAUAGUGAAUAAACAUAUAGCACUGUUUCCCAGAUGCUGGUCUUCUGAAACCUAAGGUUGAGAGACCAUCAUAAGCACCCCUCAAGAGUAUUUCCCGUAUGUGUAGUGAGUCUUGAGUCUUCCAUCAGAUUGUCUUUUACUUUUGAAUAUUUGAACAAGAAUUUAGCCUGUGUAGUUUUAGCACUUUUAAAAGGAAUAACUAUUUGAAGUACUAACUCUGGUGCAGGGAGAAGUUUUAUCAUACUGCUUGCCAUGAUACUGUUCUGGAAGAAAGGGUAAGAAAAGGUUGUUUCUGUACCUCUAAGAUCUCCACAAGGCAGUAAUGAAUAACUUUGUGCCCAGUGCAGUACCUACAGACUGUAAUACUUCAAUGUGGGAAGCCUUAUUCAAGCACAGGUACAUGAAGUUUUUGCUUUCAGUGGGUACUAAAAGCACGGAGAACUGAAGGGUUUGACAUGGUGGUUUCUUUGUGGUUUGGGUUUUGUUGUUGUGUUUAAUGGCAAACUGUUAACUUAAAUAUUUUAUAGAGAAGUAGAAACCUGUUCUGUGGCUAUAAAUCCAACAGGAAUGUCAAGAGCCUGAGCUUCGUUUUACUGUGUAACCUUUUGUCUUAGUCUGUGACCCUGGAAUAAAGAUUUUUAAAAAGUGA